AUGAGCUCUUACACCGGGAGCGUGCGUCGUUCGGAGAACGGCAGCUCCACGACUACGACCUACACUAUACCGAGCUCGAUUCGCAACACCUACGAUACCAAGGAGAUGACCUCGACCAUUCCGCUCACGAGCUUUUCGCCACCGUCGAAAGGCUACUUUACGCCGUCGAGCUCGCUGCCGCCAUCGCGCUCCGAGACAAUGGCGACAGCGACGGCAAACGCCCCGUCAGUGGGGCCCACCCGCGGCAGGAGGCGAGAGUCGCUGACGGGCCAGAUGAGGCGGAAAGCGUCGGUGACGACCGCUGCCGCAGGCGGUGGUGCGUCGGGCCUCAGCAUCACCCGUGGCCAAGCGCCCGGCUCGCCCAACGGGCAGCCCAUUCCGCGUCCGCUGCGUUCGCCGGGGAUGAUGCCGUCCGACAUGGCGGGCCUUUCGGCCUCGUUUGGCGCUGCCGGUGAGGCGCUCUCGCUGUCGUCCUCGGUCACUUCGAACGCGACAAUCGGACCCUUUUCGCAGUCGCUCUCCAACUCCAACGGCCCCGGCCUCAAAAAGGAGCCGCGCUCGCUCGGUCACAGCCACUUCGGCAAGGAAUGCUUCGGACCGAGCAGCACCGACCUGACGAACAACCCCCCGAGCUCCUCGAUGCUCAGCCCGUCGUCGAGCGGACCGAUCGAUGCGACCCGCGGCAACGGCAGGGACAGGCGGAACUCGGCGAGCUCGACCGGGACCAUGCAGGAAGAGGACGAUGGCGCCAAGGAAGCGGCCGCCUCGGCGCCCCAGGGCCACCAGCAACUGCACAAGUGCGAAAGCUGUGCCAAAGUCUAUCGCCACCCGAGUUGCCUGGUCAAGCACCGCUGGGAGCACACCGUGUACUGGAAGGAAGCCUCGAAAUUCCUCAUGAGCAAGCACCAGCAGGUGCAGCUGCUCGAGGCCGCGGCGAUCCUGGUGGGCAUGGACUCCAACGCCCGGUCGCUGCCCGAGGAAAAGGCGCUGUGGCCGGCGGCCGUCAGCCCGCCGCUGUCUGGCCUGCUCGGCUCGGACCAGAUCAACUUUGACACGCUCAUGGCCGCCAAGCGACGCAACGCCACCGCCACACCCUCGCCUGCUCGCGGCCCGACGCCCGGCCUGGUGCCCAACGACAGCAGCGACGGCAGCACCAGCAGCGCCUACGACGCCUCGCACCGCAGUGGCACGCUCAGCCCGCUCAGCGGGCUCGGCCAGCUCCGCCUCGGCGGCAACGAGACCAUGUCUCGCAGCGAAAGCUACGGCCGGCACGGCGGCAAGCCCGACACCGACGUCCGACGGUUCCGACUCGACGAUGCCGAAAACUCGCACAGCAGCGGCAGUGACCAGGCCGACCGGUCCGGAUCUGCCGAGAUGGACGACGACGACGACGAGGGCAAGCACGCCGCCGACGACGAGCGCGACCGCGACCGCGACCAGGAGCGGUACGGUAUGGACGCCGGCGGCGACGUCAUGGCCGAGAUGGAAAUGGACGACGUCGUCUGA